AUGGGGAAAAGAACUAUGCCUGAUCCAUCAAAUCAGUGGAAGAAGAGAAAGGGUGGAAAAUAUGGUGGGAAGACAAAUCGUGUCGUCAUUGAAUCUGGCGAUGUAGGUGUCUUUGUGACAUGCGAUAUGGGCAAAGAAGGAAAAUGUCUGUCAGAGGCGUUGGACAUUUUUUCUCAUGCCAUCGAGGGCACUGAAAAUCAAGAGGAAGAGGACCAAGAUACUGAUGAUGAAGAUAUCGAGGCUCAGAUCCGAAGGGAAUUGGAGGGCCUCCAGCCCGACAAAGACAAAAAACGUCAAUUCAAACCCAUCCAGAUGGACAUGCCGUGUGUGACAUUCAUGCGCCUCGAUCCCUCAAUAGACCCAGUGGAGCUUGUGCACCGUCUGUGUACCGAAGCACAUGCCCACCCGGAGACCAAGAAGAGCCGAUGGAUUAAGCGCAUGCAUCCAGUCACGUCAAUCCGAAAGACUAUGAGUGUGGACCUAGCGGCCUUUGCGAAAGAGAUUCUCAAGCCUCAUUUCCAUUCGGGAGGGCCACCGAAGACGUAUGCCAUUCGGCCUACUGUGCGAGGCAACUCGAAGCUCAACCGAGACAUUAUCAUUAAAACCGUUGCCGAUGCUGUCGGACCGGAGCAUCCAGUGAAUUUGACCAACUAUGAUCUAAUGAUCCUCGUCGAUGUUGCCCAAAAUGUGAUUGGAAUGAGUGUAGUGCAAGGUGAUUAUGAUAAGCUGAAGCGUUUCAACUUGGCUGAGAUCUAUGACCCUUCACCGAAAGAGGAACCAACAGCUACGACCAGUGAGUCUAAGGCUUAG